GGUGCAACAGUUGACCGCCAUCUUGGGACUCUAACGAGUCUAUUCUUAAUGACAAUAACUGAUUUUAACCUAUAAGACUGAUUUAUGGCUUGUGCUGCAGAAAGUCCUUUGCGGGGAAUCCUUACACAUUCCAUCGAUGUCAUUUAUUGCAGAACUCGCACGAGCUGCAAAACUAUUAUCACUAUUGCACAUCUUUGAAAGAAUUUUAAUGAACCGCAGCAAAUCUUCCCUGCCAGCUUCUUCCACAAUGAACCAAUAAAGGUGGUACAAUUUAUUGUACAUCCCUUCUUGCAAAAUAUUCUUGUAGCCAUUAAGCGCACUCCCGGACCAUCCAGAAUGAGUCACCCCGAACAAAGCAACAUACCAACCAACACCUGGAUGCGCAAGCUAAUCACUGGACGUAAAUAUCUGCCAACAAAUAGUUUUACAUUUACGAGCUACGAGGUUAAGAUCUGGCAUCAGGCAGUUAUCGGCGGCCGUAAAAAACUAGACAGGCGAGUUUCGCAUUCUGCUUGCGUCACGGUGAGAAGAAGUCUAGUAAAAUUGAAAUUGGAUGCAAAACUUAGCCUGGAGAAUGAUGAUUGGCGGAAGCCGUGCGAAUUCCUCUCCCGCUUGGUUUGGGUGGAAGAGGUUAAGUUUUGGAUAAAUUUGGAAAACUAACAACGAGAUGGUCUACAGUCAGAUAAGGGAGCAAUUUAAGUCAUUUGCUUUUUUAUUACCUUGAACAGCGCUAACGAAAUGCCUAUAAAAUUCAGGAAACGAAUGUUAUGUCCAUAAUCUAUGCUAACGAUCUGAGCAAUCAAAUUAUUUAAUUUAUGGCAAAUUUCAUGGUGGUGGUAUGACACGUUUUAUUUUAUUUCAUUUGAAAAGUAUGAUGAAAAAUCUAAUUCUUAAUUAAAAAGCAUGCUGUGCAUAAAACACUUCCAAGUAAUUGUAGACAAAACUCAGCAAAAGCAGAUGCAGAAAAAAUGUCGGAAUCAAUCAACUCACAAGAACUUCUCAUGAGUUAACGUCAUGCGAUGAUACCACAAUAUCAAUAAUGCACAUGCAGAUUCAAAGGUUGAUGAGUUUGUGCGCCUUCUGAAGCAUAUAAAACAUUCAUGCAUUUGCAAUUCAUAAGUAGUUUAUCAGUUGAUCUCUAUUGCCGAAGAUCUACCUACGAGAAAUGCAAAUCUUUACACUGGUAUUUGGAAUGUGUGUGGUGGGAUCCUCAUUUGCUCACCUAACACAAAAACAACACGAAACGAUCAAGGACAUCGCAAUCGUAUGCGCCCGAGAGUUGGAAAUCACAUUGGACGAUGCUUUCCUACAGCCGGGGUCUUACGAAGGAGUCCUUUUCAAGGACGACCGGAAGAAUAAACAGUUCAUCGCGUGCUUUCUGACCAAGAUGGGUGCAGUGUCAGCAGAUGGCAAGAUAUUGGGCGACAAACUGUUGGAAUUCAUGACUGAAGAUCAUGACGAUUCCAGCCUGAAGAGUACCAUUGAGAAAUGUGUUGCGGUGGAAGGCGAUACGCUGGAAGAUAGGGCGUACAAUUUUCAUAAAUGCUUCUGGGAAGAACGAAUGGAUGAGCUUUGAAUUGCAGUUCAAGAUUGCGAAGUGUUACCUAAACUUAUAGAAUAUUGAUAAAUUCUACAAAAACUAUAAUGAUAAACGAAAGUAAAACUUACAUUAUCAUUUUUUUACAUUUUUUACAA